CGCAGGUAAAAAUUCUUGGACCAUCAAACUCUAUAUCCCAGUUAUCUGAGCUUCUUUUACCCAAAAUCAGACGAAACCUAACUAAAACAUAAUGGACACCUUAGCUACCGAGAAACCGAGAUCCCGCUCUCGGUCGAUGUCCCGCUCUAGAUCACGGUCCAACAUCAGACCGGUUUUGACCCCCCUGCUUUCCUCCAACCAGGUGAAACAAGUCCCCAGACGCCGUUCGCACUCGAGAAGACCCUCGUUAAGCAGACAGAGCUCGGGGAGCGUCGAUGAAGUGCCGCACAUUAAGGCUAACUUGGACAACAGCUUGCCAUUGGACUUCAUGAAGGAGGAGAUCAUGAUCAUUGUCAAGGCGUUGCGUAUCAAGCACUGGCACAAGCUCCCGGAAUCUGCUGCGUCGCGCAUCAAGGUGAACCGAAUCAGCGGUGCCUUGACCAACUCGAUUUACAAGUUGAAUCUUGACGAGUGUCCGGCGUUGCUCUUGCGCGUGUAUGGGAAGAACGUCGAUGAGAUCAUCGACAGAGAGGCGGAGCUUAUCAUUUUAAAGAGGCUCUCGAGUAAGCGGAUUGGCCCGCGUCUCUUGGGAACCUUCACUAAUGGGCGGUUUGAGCAGUUUUUGGACGGGUUCAUCACCUUGAACAAGGACCAGCUCCGUAACAAGUACAUCUCGCAGAUGAUUGCCAAGCGCAUGAAGGAGUUGCAUGUCAACAUGGAGUUGGAGGCCAAGGACACGCAUCCCAUGUCUUGGGCGUUGAUUGACAAGUGGUUUCCGCUCGCGGAGGAGGUAGUGAAAUCUUAUGAAGCCAACCCAGACGUUUCCGAAGCCGACUUUCUCCUCACAAAUUUUGCCACCUUUAAGAAGAAUGUGCAAGCGUACAGAACCUGGUUGAUGAACAAGUACGGCAAGGCUGAGUUUCCACGGGAGGUCUUGUGCUUCUGCCACAACGACACCCAGUACGGAAACUUGCUUUUGCAUAGCAGCUUGUUGGAGGACUCCAAGACUGAGGUUGCUAAGGUGAUCGAAAAGAUGGAAUCACUUUCGCUUGACUUUGAUUCGGAUAAGCUUGCCGCAGCCUCGCAUUCCAACUUGGUGGUCAUUGAUUUAGAGUACUCUGGCCCUAACUGUCCGCCUUUCGAAUUCGCCAACCAUUUCAGCGAAUGGAUGGCCGAUUACCUUGAUGCCACUAACUCCCACUACUUGGACGAAAGGAAGUACCCAACCACCGAAGAGCAGUUGAACUUUUUCCGUGUCUAUACCGAGUUUUCCGGCCGUGCCACCGAUCCUGCCGACUCCACCAGGCCAGAUGAAGCAGCCACGAAAAAGUUGUUUAACGAAACCAUCUGGUGGAGGGGUACCGUUUCUGUCUAUUGGUGCUUGUGGGGGAUUGUCCAGAAUGGGCCGUGGAAGCCUACGCCCACGCCAGAGGCAGCCACCGGCGAGGGAUUCCUGGGGACUUACAAGUUUAGUACCGAAACGGAGGAAGGAGAUGACCAAGGAGCCGAGGUGGAGAUUACCGAGUCUUCAGACGAUGCGUUCAGUUAUAUCCGAUACUCUCAACAGAAGGCGGCCAUGUUCUACGGAGACGCUGUUCAGCUUGGGAUUGUUGAUAGAGACGCAAUCUGCGAGAGAUACUUGACGCAAGGCGAAGGGGCUGAUGAAGGACAUGUUAAGUUCUUGUCUGUCAAGGAAUUAGACUAAGAGCCAUCACUUGUGGAUGCCAUUGGUAUACACCGGUGUCUUUAGCUUUCCUAAGACCUCUGGAGGUGGGCCAUUGUCGGUUAUUCUCUGCUUUCAUAAUCGAACCUUUUCGCCUGUAUCCUCUGCUCCAGGUGCCUUUUUUUCAUGCUUCUUUUAUAGCCCUGAACGAGCCAGCGCAUAGACUUGAUUCUGGG